ACUGAGUGCUAUAUUUGCAGUCACGAGUGUCCACCAGAUAGAGUUCUCCCAGUUCACCCGUUUAUAAAGCAUCAUGCAGGUGUUUGUGGUCCUGUUGUGGGCCGUACUGGGGCUGUGUGCUGGACAGAAACCAUGCUGUACCCCCGACCAAUGGGAGGGCACGAUACAGGAGCUGCAGGGAUUUCUGGUGGAUGACAAGUUAGGAACCGUGGACGGUAGUGUGGAGGUGUCGUAUGACUUCACCAACCAGAAAUUAGCACUUACCGAGAAUCUGAACGAGACCGGGUCUGGGAAUACCAAGCUCAGGGUUAUUCAGGACUACAAGAAGGGUAUGCAGUACGUCAUACAAGGCAACUCUUGUAUGGAGAUUGUCCUCAAAGGAUCAAUGAGAAAGCAGUGUAUCCCAGACAACGCCACCCACAUAGGAUCGUUUAGUUUGGGUGGGAUGGCAGCAGAAGGGCUGGAGUGUGACUCGUUCAUGACGACGGUAGCUGGGAACCACAACACCUACGCCAUUUCCGACAUGACUCGGGAUGGCUGCUACCCUGUCACACAACUCUCCGUCAAUCUCAUUAGAGAGCAUUCUACAGUGACCACUCAGGUAUUCACAGACGUGACGGCUGGAAUAAAAGACCCCAGCGUCUUCAUCCCACCCGAGCCACCAUGCGAUAAGGUUAUGUUGGAGGAUACUACAGAGCUUGGGUCCGACGUCCUCAAAAGAGUUCGCCAAACUUUCGAACAGUUCAUCUAGGAGCGCCCCCUGUCGGCUAUCCCAUAGACAAAACACAACGUUCAGCUGAUUUCAGAGGCAAACUCUGCGGGUUUAUUAGCAGUUUGAGCAAUAGGAGAUAACAGUCUCCGGGAUUAAACUUACACUGGGCCAGCUGGAACAAACAAACAAACAAACAAACUGAAAACAUACAGUCCGUAGGGCUUAAAUAGGUUCCACUGUAUAGUAUGCUACACAUAUUUUCAAGAGAACCGAUUUUGCCUACACUGUUUUGAAUGUAUGGCUACUCUAUUACAUUAAAUGUUUGGCUAAAACAGUCCACUUUACGUGACCUUUAACUUAAAGGUCAUGAAUAUCAGACGAGGUCAAAUUAAGCAAAUAAAGACAAGUACGUA